AUGGUUGUCCAAGCCCGCAGGCGAUGGUGGCAGAUCCAGUGGUACGCCGACACGGAUACAACUUCCGAGCGGAAGCUCAUCAACAAGCUCGACCUCCUCAUCGUCCCCUACGCCGUGCUCAGCUACUGGGUCAAGUACAUCGACCAGGCCAACCUCAACAACGCCUACGUCGCCGGCCUCAAGGAGGACCUGGGCUUCAAGGGCAAUGAGCUGGUCCAGCUGCAGACCUUCUACGUCAUCGGCGCCGUCACGGGCCAGCUGCCCAUGAUGUUCGUCCUCACCUACGUCCCGAUCCACUGGCUCAUCCCCUUUCUCGACAUUGCUUGGGGCGUCUUCACGCUGCUCCAGUUCCGCGUCACCGGGUUCGCCGAGCUUGCCGCGUACCGCUUCCUUGUCGGCUGGUUCGAGGCCGCCUUCUUCCCGGUCAUGCACUAUCUCUUUGGAUCCUGGUAUCGCGGCGACGAGAUCGCUCGACGCGGCGGCAUCUUUUACGUCGGGCUUUCUCUGGGCACUCUCACAGCCGGUCUCAUCCAAGCUGGCGCCUCAGCCCGGCUUGAGGGUGUUAAUGGCCUCGCCGGGUGGAGAUGGAUGUACAUCAUCUGCUCCCUCAUCACUAUCCCCGUCGGUAUUUUGGGUUACUUCGUCAUCCCGGGCACCCCUGAGCAGCCUAACCGGCUGGUUCUCAAGAGGGAAGAUAUCGAGCUGAGCGUCGAGAGACUUAAGCGCGCUGGCCACUCGUCGCAUGGAAAAUUCAAGUUUGGUGCACUGAAGAAGGUCUUCCUGUCACCUCAGUUCUGGGGCAUCAUCCUUGUUGAUGUCUUGUUCUGGAACGCCGGCCUCCACACGUCGUCCGGAAGCUUUCUGCUAUGGAUCAAGAGUCUCGGCCGAUACUCUGCGGCGCGCGUCAACGAGCUCGGCACGAUUGCGCCCGCCCUGGGCAUCUUCUACACCUUGUUCAUCUGCUUCGCCUCGGAUCUCGUUCUCGGCCCGGCCUGGGCCAUCACGCUGUCGCACGCGUGGAACAUCAUCGGGCUUGUCAUCCUGGUCGUCUGGAACGUUCCCGAGCCGGCCAAAUGGUUCGCCUUCUCGACCAUUUACUCAUCGUACGCCAUGUCGAGCGUCUUCCACGGAUGGGUCAACACCCAGCUGCGGUCGUCGCCGGCCGAGCGGUCCUUCACUCUGGUCCUGAUCAAUGCCAUCUCCCAGUCUUCCACGGCCUGGACCCCUCUCUUGGUGUUCCCCACAGUCGAAGGUCCGCGGUAUCCCAAGGGUUUUGCGUUCACUCUCGGUUCUUCCAUCCUGUUGAUUGUCGCGACGCACAUCUUACGGAUGUACAUCAAGAAGAGAGACCCGCAAGUCGGGAACACGACCGGGUUCCCCGAGAGUGACCCGGAAGACCACGCCACUGUGGGAGACGUAAAAGGGACGGCGGUGGCGGUGGGCGCCAGGGAUGACCGGAGCGACUGA